UGAAAUGCAGUUGAUCAUGGUUAGUUGAACCAGAAAAUGGAAAAGGUAGAGAACCAUUGAAAGUGGUACCUUAAAAGGCUACUGUUAUUUACGAAACAAGUAAAGUGUUGAUCAACUAAUAUCGAUUAUAUAAACUGUUCAAUGGAUGUUAAUUUGAUUUAUUUUGUUUUUAUCCUCAUUUUUAGCCAAAAUAUUGCUGUGUCAACCGGUCAAUCAUUUACUGGCGACUGUCAAAUACUUUAUCAAUGUCAGUCCGAGGCAAUCAAGUUAACUACAUCGAAGCAAAAUACUGGUUACCAUGGAUUAGGUUUAGCCUGGUCAUCGACAACUUGUGGAGUGAUACGGCAAAAAUUGGCUUGCGUUGUUAAUUUAGCUCAGACCUGUUCACUGAGAGAUGAUUUAACAACAAAAUCAACUUCUUCCAUAGUUGACUCAACCAAAAAUUACUUAAUCGAAAAGUGCAGCAAAAAUCGAGAUUGGAGUGAUUCAAGUUGUUUCCAAAGUCCUGAAGUAACCAACUGUUUAACCUCACACCAGUUGCAGUCAGACGAAAUAACCUUAAAGUCUUGCAGUAAAUAUAACAGUUAUAAAAAAUGUAUUUUGAAUCAUGUCAACUCGAAAUGCUCAUACCAGGAAAGAGAAUAUGUUUUGAUAUAUUUGAUUGAAAAGGCUUCCAACUUGACCUGGCUGUGUACCAAUGAGAGUGCUGUUCAACCACAUGAUCGAGCAGAAGGCUUCCCAAAUCCUUUCGGCAAUCACAUUGGAAAACGAGGAAGUCCAAAUUAUGAUCAAAAUGAUGACCAUUUCCACCCAGCUGACAAUGAAUUCAACAACAGAGCCAAUGGCCUUUGGUUACCAGCUAAUAGAUUUCCAGUAGAUUUUAAUAAUCUUAACACUGGUGCAUCUCAGUCAACCCAAAAUAACCCAUUCAAUUCUGGUCCAAAAGAUGUCAACAAUCAAAUGAAUGGAGAUGCUUAUUAUCAACCAAUCAAUUCAUAUCAACCACCCAGUCCAAACCAAAGGCCUAUGUCUGAUCGCUUCUUCGGUAGACCACCAUUACAUCAAUUGCCAAAUGAGAUGUAUUUCAAUAGCAUGAGUUCAUCAAGUCCACUAUUGAAUCCUGACCAACCAUUUCCACCAGUCAACUUGAACAAGCAGCAAUUAAAUAACCAGCAACCAGGAUUGCCACUCAACAAUAAUAUAGACAGAAUUGAUUCGUGUCUUCAACGAGCCAACAUGAUCGGCCGUCACUGUGAAGAAGCUCUCAAUGAACGAAGAGAUUCGGCAAGAGAAUCAAGGAAUCCACGAGAUCUAAAGUCAGGCCUUUGUUGCGGUUUACUCAGAUACAGUGAUUGUUUUGGUAAAAUAGUGAACCAAGUUUGUCCGAAUAUUGAUGCAACCUCAGUUUAUCGAUCAAUUCCUGAGAAUCGAAGACAAGAGAUGAACUCUUGUCAAUCUUAUGGCCCAUUCAACUGUAAUUAUAUGAGUAAUGGAGAUUCGAUGAAACUUCCCAGAUUGCUAUCAAAUCUUUUCAUACUUUUUUCAUUCCUUUUUAUUAUUUAUUAAAUCUUAACAAUUUUGUACUCGUUUUAAA